CCUAUAUAUAUCGAUCAUGUCAUAUCAUCUAAAAGAGAAGUACGUAAAAUAAUAGGUCAAAAUGAAAAUACAUUAUAGUAUUACCCUAUUGUUAUUUGUGAUUAGAGUGGUAAGCAUAACGACGUUUAUGUGUGUUGAUAAUAUUGCGCCAGCGGCAGGGCGGGGGAUGAAUGGAACUGCUGAAGUAGAAGAUGAGCAUGCUUCCAAUUCCAUAGCCGCUGCAUCUAAUUGGACACAGCUGCAGCCUUCUCCAUCAUCAUCAUCCUCGUCUGAUCAUGGUGGUUAUAAGACGAGUUCCGGAGCAACAACAUCUCGCCUAAUUUUACUCUGUAUAUGUCUAGGUAUCGGGAUCGUUGUAGGGUUUGUGAUUUGUUGGUAUACAAACUGGUGCAGGGCCUGCAGGCGGUGAAGGACGACGACUUAUGAGGAGUUAU